AGUUUGCGCGAGAUAACGAAUGCAUUGGCCAGUCCCGCUGUUUGUGCUGUCACGAGUCCUGUCCAAGGCGACUAAGUCAGUCAAGGCAUACAAUAUUCACGAUCUCGUCUUCAUUUUGCAGCCGGAUAUACAUUAUUGGAAUAUAGAAAUUGUGGAAAUAGGAUUGUUUGUUCACUCAUCCUAGUCAAUUGGUGAUGUAUUCCAACAUUUGAUAUAGCUAGCCAGCUAGCUAGCUAGCUGCUUAGCUAGCUUGCCGAUCGUGCGUGACUCAGAUCAGAUCGAGUAGCAUAUUUUGACAUACUGUUUCCUUGAUAGUGGAAUAUAUCCUAAUGUAUUAGCUGUUAGCUAGCUAGAGACUGUGUGCGCACUGUCUUUAAUAGUAACAUACGCAGUGCAUCAUAUGUCUAUGGUGGACAUACCACUUUGAAUGAAAUAAGUAGCUCAAGCAUCGGCUUGUAAACGGGGAUACCCUUUACCUCGAAUAACCAUCUUGCUAGGCUAGCUAGCUGGUUAUAACCAUCGUAAUACAAGAUAGGAUAGCUAGCUCUAGCUAAUCUGGCUAAUGUGCUAGCAAGUCGAGGGCUAUAAUAAUCUAUCCUAUGUUAUAGCAAACCUGUACGUUUCCUAUUACCCUAAACUGCUAAAUCUGUCAGCUAGAAGUUGGAUAACUGAUUAACGGAUCUAAAAACUAAGAUAGGUGCUGUAAACCCUGAAUCAACGGCUUCGUUGACUGUGGUCAAUUGAUAUUACGGAAAAGGCCUGAGUGAGGACAGAACCAAGCAAAAAUGCCGGCUGUGUCGAAGGGAGAUGGAAUGCGCGGAUUAGCGGUGUUCAUUUCGGACAUAAGGAAUUGUAAGAGCAAGGAGGCUGAGAUCAAGCGGAUCAAUAAGGAGCUGGCCAACAUCCGCUCCAAGUUCAAGGGGGACAAGGCCCUAGAUGGCUACAGCAAGAAGAAGUAUGUUUGUAAGCUGCUCUUUAUCUUCCUGCUGGGCCAUGACAUCGACUUCGGACACAUGGAAGCUGUUAACCUGCUCAGCUCCAACAAGUACACAGAGAAACAAAUUGGCUACCUGUUCAUUUCGGUCCUGGUGAACAGCAACAGCGAGCUGAUCCGCCUCAUCAACAAUGCCAUUAAGAACGACCUGUCCAGCCGCAACCCCACCUUCAUGUGCCUGGCCCUGCACUGUAUUGCCAAUGUGGGCAGCCGGGAGAUGGCCGAAGCCUUCGCUGGGGAGAUCCCCCGCAUUCUGGUGGCAGGGGACACUAUGGACAGUGUGAAGCAAUCAGCUGCCCUCUGUUUGCUGCGCCUUUACAAGACCUCCCCUGACCUGGUUCUGAUGGGCGAGUGGACCUCCAGGGUGGUGCACCUCCUCAACGACCAGCACAUGGGUGUGGUGACAGCGGCCAUCUCCCUUAUCACAUGUCUGAGCCAGAAAAACCCAGAUGAGUUCAAGACCUGCGUGUCCCUGGCCGUGUCUCGUCUGAGCAGGAUCGUGUCUUCAGCCUCUACUGACCUGCAGGACUACACCUACUACUUCGUCCCCGCCCCCUGGCUGUCCUGCAAGCUGCUGCGCCUGCUGCAGUGCUAUCCCCCGCCUGAGGAUGGCGCUGUGAAAGGUCGGCUGGUGGAGUGUCUGGAAACCAUUCUCAACAAAGCUCAGGAGCCGCCCAAGUCCAAGAAGGUGCAGCACUCCAACGCCAAGAACGCCAUCUUGUUCGAGGCCAUCUCUCUGAUUAUCCACUAUGACAGUGAGCCCAACCUGCUGGUGCGAGCCUGUAACCAGCUGGGUCAGUUCUUGCAGCACCGCGAGACCAACCUGCGCUACCUAGCUCUGGAGAGCAUGUGCACGCUGGCCAGCUCUGAGUUCUCCCACGAGGCGGUCAAGACCCACAUCGAAACGGUCAUCAAUGCUCUGAAGACUGAGAGGGACGUGAGUGUUCGACAGAGGGCGGCCGACCUGCUCUAUGCCAUGUGUGACCGCAGCAACGCCAAGCAGAUUGUGGCGGAGAUGCUCAGCUACCUGGAGACGGCCGACUACUCCAUCAGAGAGGAGAUGGUGUUGAAGGUGGCCAUCUUGGCUGAGAAGUAUGCUGUGGACUACUCCUGGUAUGUGGACACCAUCCUCAACCUCAUCCGCAUCGCCGGGGACUACGUGAGCGAGGAGGUGUGGUACCGUGUCAUCCAGAUCGUCAUCAACCGCGAUGACGUGCAAGGCUACGCCGCAAAGACGGUCUUUGAGGCCCUACAAGCCCCGGCUUGCCAUGAAAACAUGGUGAAGGUGGGGGGGUACAUCCUGGGGGAGUUUGGAAACCUCAUCGCUGGCGACCCACGCUCCAGCCCUCUGGUGCAGUUCAACCUGCUUCAUUCCAAGUUCCACCUGUGCUCUGUGCCCACACGCGCCUUGCUCCUCUCUGCCUACAUCAAGUUCAUCAACCUGUUCCCGGAGACCAAGGCCACCAUCCAGGAGGUGCUGCGCUCCGAUAGCCAGAUCCGCAACUCGGACGUAGAGCUGCAGCAGCGUGCCGUGGAAUACCUCAAACUGUCGUCCAUCGCCAGCACUGACGUCCUGGCCACAGUCCUGGAGGAGAUGCCGCCCUUCCCCGAGAGGGAGUCGUCCAUCCUGGCAAAGCUGAAAAAGAAGAAGGGCCCGGGGGCCGUGUCAGAGCUGGAGGAGGGCAGGAGGGAGGGGGGGGAACUCAACGGAGGAGGGGAGAGGGGGGGCGAUGCAUCGGUCAUGGCCACUUCGAACGCUUCCACCCCCUCCCCCUCUGCGGAUUUGCUUGGCCUCCGUUCGGCUGCUCCCGUUGGCUCGGCUGCCCCAAGUGCCGGCAGCCUAUUGGUGGACGUGUUUUCAGAGGGGGGGCCAGCCACUGCCUCUGCUAGUGUGAAUGACGACGGCUUCCUGAGAGAUCUGGAACAGCCCACCGAGGUCUCUGACUCCCUAUUGGUCGAGGGUCCUGGUGACUCGGACUCUGCCCCUCCCUCUGUGGCUUCUGAGGAUCCUGCCCCUCCCCUGCCUGAGGCAGACGAGCUUCUAAACAAGUUUGUGUGCAAGAACAACGGAGUGCUCUUUGAGAACCAGCUGCUUCAGAUCGGCAUCAAGUCAGAGUACCGCCAGAACCUGGGGAGGAUGUACUUGUUCUAUGGCAACAAGACGUCAGUGCAGUUCUCCAGCUUCUGCACCACAGUGACCUGUCCUGGAGAUCUCCAGGCUCAGCUCAAUGUCCAGACCAAACCAGUGGAGCCCCUGGUGGAGGGAGGGGCGCAGGUUCAGCAAGUGAUUAACAUCGAAUGUCUGACCGACUUUGUCGAUGCUCCGCUGCUCAACAUCAAGUUCAGGUAUGGUGGAGCCCUGCAGAAUGUCACCCUCAAGUUGCCCGUCACCAUCAACAAGUUCUUCCAGCCCACUGACAUGGCCUCCCACGACUUCUUCCAGCGCUGGAAGCAGCUCAGCCAGCCUCAGCAGGAAGCACAGAAGAUCUUCAAGGCGGGCCAAGGCAUGGACACAGAAGUGCUCAAGGCCAAGCUGCUGGGUCUGGGCACGGCCCUCCUAGAGAAUGUGGAUCCUAACCCUGAGAACUACGUGUGUGCUGGUGUCAUCCAGACCAAGGGUCAGCAAGUGGGCUGCCUGCUGAGACUGGAGCCGAACGCACAGGCCCAGAUGUACCGACUGACCCUGCGCAGCAGCAAGGACACCGUCUCCAAGCGCCUGUGCGACCUGCUAGCAGAACAGUUCUAGACCUCCCCUACCACCCUCUCCCUCCCCUCUCCCGGCACCCCAACCAUAUCGUUCUAGAGCCCCCCUUCUUCCCCAGAGACCAGCGUUUCGCGUUCCAGACCCUCCCCCAACGCUCCCUCAUGACCCUGUUCCCCCCUCCCUUGAACAAAGAAUCUAUGAGUAAAAGAAAUUAACCUACAUAAGGGAAAAAGGAGCCGUCACUAGCCGUGGCGGCAAUAUUAUUGUCAUUGUUAUUGUCACAAAAUAUGAUUCCAAUUCUACUUAUUACUGUUUAUUAUUAUCAUUGGCGCUACAAUUCUUGUUUUUAUCGGUGUUUACCUGUGUACGUGGCAUGUGUGGCCGUAAGUGCGCGCGCGUGUCCCGUUCUGCUCCGUCCUGCCUGUCCAACCCUGAGAGCUCCUGUAAUUGUAUCAACAGCUGGUUUGCGUGUGUGUAUUUGUGUGUGUGUGAGUGUGUACGUAGCAGUGGGUGGAUUGUUUUGGGCGUCGAUUCCGUAAACAUUUCAACCUUAGAAGAACCAUUCCUCGGAAGAUCCUCAGUAGGGUCCUUGUGUGUGGAAAAAACACACACACUGCCCCACCCCCGGACUGCGGCCUCUUCCCUACCCUGUGGCCUCUCCCCUGACCCACAGCCUCUCCCCUGCCCUUACCUGCGGCCUCUCCCCUAACCUGCGGCCCCUCCCCUAACCUGCGGCCCCUCCCCUAACCUGCGGCCCCUCCCCUAACCUGCGGCCUCUCCCCUCUCCAGAGGCCAUUGCGUGUACAUAGAUUAGAACUCCAUAAAGCUCAUAAUCACUUCGAUGUUCAACAGCACAUUCCCAGUCUCUGCCUCCUGCUCUAUUCCAAUGGAAAUGGCCAGUGCACUUUAGGUGACUUCAGGAGACUUCCGUAACUCUUGACACACACACACUCACCCACACAAACCACCUCACACACCCAGCAUAAAUUGUACUUUAUAUAGAAAUUCCGUUGAUGUUUUGUGAAAUAUAUAUAUGAAGAAAUCAUGUAAUUAAUUACCCUUUUUGUGAUUUAUUUCUAUUUUGUUCAGUAGUGGCGUUGACGUGUUUGUACGUAUUUCUAACUGUGUAUUGUUGCUUCCUUUUUUUGACAUUCCAUUGCGUGGCAGUACCUAGUGUUGGAGUGUGGUCAGCGUGGCAUGUGUAUGGGCCAGCUUGAAUGAGGGGAGGGAAGGGAGCUGGCCUGACUUACAGUGUUAAUCAGAUACAGGUGCAGGCUGGGGCACCAGCCCUGGUUAUGCCUGCUUGUUGCCGUCGCAGACAUGACACAGCGAAAGAGAAAGUCACCACUGUAGAAAUAGUGGGAUUUAGAGCCGAGGCUGAGAGAGCAAGGGUUCACGUUGGCACAUGAAGAGUGCUGUGACUGAUGGUUGUGUUCUUUCAGUUUGGUUUGUGUUUGUUGUUGUGCUCAGGAGAGAUACAGGGUUAGGUCAGAAGACUAAGAAGCAGAUGAGUACUUUAGAACAUGAUCUCUGUACCUGCACACAGGCACACACGCAAACACACGUCCUAUGGGAUAUUUAUUGGGAGAAAUGUAUGAUCCUCAAACACUCAUCAACACACACACACCACAGACGUUCUUUGUGUGGAUGCACAUUUCAAACAGGUUUAAGACAGACGGCAAUCACCACCCGCCCACUACGCCACACACUGAGUCUAGAGAUAGAGGAGCGCACAAAGACCAGUGAGGACAGCCAACUGUCAAUCGCAAAUACCAGGACUCUUGGUAUAGGAUAUACGGUGGGAAUCUUAAGUGUAUGUGCACGAGUGUUGUCGUAACCACAUAGAAUAAAUAUAAAGUACCCUUGAGACUUUUAUGAAACCUAGUCAUACCAGGUUAACUGGUGUCACUUCUUCUUUCUCACUGUACAGCCCUUGCUGGUGGGACUUUGACCAUUUUAGUGAAAACCCCCAUAGUUUGUCACUGUGUGUGUGCGUGCGUGUCCGUCUAUGCAGUAUCCGCUAGCUAAUGCAGCCCUGUGUAUUGGUGUUAAACCUGUCAGAUACCUGUGUUAGAUUAAGAUUUACUCUGUACUGAAAAAUGUGAAAGUAAAACUAUGCCAUAUACUCUAA